AGAUGUUGCUGUGUUAUUUCCAAACCUAAUUUUCAGAAGCAGUUAUUGAAGAAGGAUCAUAUCAUGGAAUUGCUAUAUCAGGAUGGAAAGUGCAGCAUAUCAUGAUGAGGUAGAAAAUCAAUGCUCAGUAUUUAAUUAGUUUCAAUCAUAGGUUAUUCCAUCAAUUCCGCGGUGUUGUAUCGAUCAGCGAAACUAUCGAAACAUUCCGUUGACCAAUUUAUCACUGCACUUCUUUUGCGAUAUUCAUUGAGAAAUGCAGUACAAACGGGAUCGGCUCCAUUUGGAUGGUGUCAUCAAACACAUGGAUACUCUUGAUGAUUUUACAGGACGGUUCAAAGAAAUGCUACCAUCCGAAACGCAAGAUCGGAUUGCAAUGCUCAUUUUAUUCGUACUUCUACCAUUUGGAUUUCUGUUCGAGAUAUUCGCGAUAUUACCGAUUGAACAUGAAGUGAUGUCGAAAGGAUGGAAUCUAAGGGCUGGUAUAUUGAUAUUGUUAGGAUUAAAUGCAUUUGCUAAUGUGUACAAAGUUAUAUCAGUUGGACCAAAUGGUAACUGUUCUGAUUUGCCAGCGGUACAAAAGCAAGGUUAUAAAUUUUGUUAUAACUGCCAGCUAAAUGAACCUCCACGGUCGCAUCACUGCCCAGUUUGUGACAGAUGUGCAUUUCGACGUGAUCAUCAUUGUUCGUUUGUUGCCGUAUGCAUUGGGCAUUUCAAUCAGCGUUACUAUAUUAGUGCUAUUUGCAGUUUGUGGAUUAUAUCCUUCGUUGUGUUGAUAUGGAACUGGUCAUUUAUGUGGUCAUCACUUGGUGGUUUUUCACCGUUACAACUCUGGGAAUUAAUAGUGCCUCACUUGGCAUUAAUCUUUCGUAUAAUCAGUUUCUCCCAGUUUUUAUGUGUGAUGACUUUCGUCUUCUCGUUUACUAUAUUCGUCUUUCUAUGUUACCUGAUUACAGCUCAACUUUUUUGCCUUUACCGAGGACAGACACGUGUGGAGUAUCUUAUGGAUGUACAUGCAUAUAAUUUGGGAUUUAUGGAAAACGUGCGUCAAGCUAUGGGUAGACGUUGGUUGAUAGCAUUGUUAGUGCCGUUCAUUUCUUCACCACUUGGUUCCGAUGGUCUAUCAUAUCCAACACGUGAAUCGAAGCCAUUGAAUGAUUUGAAGACUAUGUAAUGGAUCAAAAACAACGUU